UUCACCCCGCCUGUAUUCCCAUACACCACGUGGAGGAGUGAUGAAGGGAAAAGCCAUUUUUAAUUAGAUGCAGCACACACAUAUCCAUCCUAACUAAUUUGUACAUAGACCCCCUGAAGCAGCUCUGUGAGUUUACCUAUCUCUUUAGCCUGUUUAUUUAGGGUGUGUGUGUGUGUGUGUGUGAACUCUAGGCCUGCACGAUGCUUAAGAUGUUGUAGGAGGUGACGCUGAAAUACAAAAAUUUCAAGACGUUUGAAAGGCCACGUAAUCUCCGACCGCCCAGAGAGCGCGCGAGCUCAUUUACAACACAGCCGGGGUCCUUAUCACGCACGCAUAUUAAAGACGUACUACAUCAAUGCUGCCUUCACUUGCUCAUCAGGUUGUAAUUACAAUACGAAAUCUUUGCGUUCAUGUACACUGCUAAUGUUGUCCGUUUGAGUGUCCUGGUUUAUUUAUUUAUUUUUGUGUCUUUCUAACAUUUCCCUGCAAUGCAGAAAUGUACAAGCAAAAGCUUACAGGUGUAAGUGUAUUUGUAGUCGUGUCUUUGGUUUUUAAUCAGUGACAACUACACGUUGUGUUAAUACAAACAAAUUAAUAAAUUAUUGCCAUCGACCACUAACCUUCAGUUCCUUCGCAGUGACCAAAAAGGUUAUGAAGAACCAGACACUUAUGAUCACAAUGAUUUCCCAAGCUCACACGGGAAUAGAUGAUUUUGUGCGACGUUGAUCGGAAACUAGCAUUUACUGCAAUUCAGGUCGCAUGUGAAUGUAGCAUAAUGAAGUAUAUACUUCACGAAAGCGCCAAAUAUUUGAUAUCCAUUUAACGGUUUUGGAAAUGUCAGCCAUGUCCAUGAAUGAGUACAGCCUGAUCUGUAAUUUCCCCAAGUGUCGAGGCAGGUUGAGCGGCUUCGCCUGGGUGACGGCCUGCUCUCAUGUCUUCUGUGAUCGGCACGGCUCCGGUGAGUUCAGCCGCACUCCGGCCAUCUGCCCUGCCUGCUCCUCUGCCCUGUCAGGAAAACUGGACAUCGUGCGCACUGAGCUGGCGCCUUCAGAGCAGUACAAGGCCAUGGUUUUGGUAGGAUUGCGACCUGAGACCAUUCUGGAUAUCAGCCAUCGAGCACUGGCCUUUUGGACAUACCAGGUAAACCAAGAAAGGUUGCUUACGGAGUACAGUUUGUCUCGAGCAGAAGUGCAAGUUGGCCGAAUGGAGAAGUUGAUGGCACAGCAAAACCAAUCCAAAGAGCAUGAGCUGAAUGCAAUGCGAGAGGAGAUUGCAUCACUCAAUAAGAGGCUGGAGGAAUAUAAGCGAAAAUAUAGUGAAGUUUCAGAGCUUCUGGUGAAGAGAAACAGACAGUAUCAGAAGCUUCAGGGGCUGUUUGAGACUGUGACACUACGCACCAUGGAGGCUUCUGACAAAGACGGACUGAACCAGGCUGCCCAUGUUUUCCCAUCUGGAGUAAUUAGACAGCGCUCUGCCCACACCACUCCUCCUUUCUUAGCUGUGGGUCCAGAAAGUGACAAGCUCUUCCCUUCUUUCCUAGAACCAGAGAGCUUCAAGAGCUUUUUCCAAUUUAGCUCUCCACCAAGAGAGAAAGGGCAUUCCUUUCUAAAGAAAAACUAACGGUUUGGUAUGCAUCUGUAUUUUCUCCAUUACACUGUUAUAUUCUUGGCAUACAUGUUGAUGUACAAUUUGCAACUGUUAAAUUACUUAAUUCCCUGCAGUGUUCACCGCAAAGAUGUUUAUAGAUAAUAAAGUAGUUUGGACUGGUGUCAACAAAAUAUGCUGCUAAUUUAUGAUCUUAUGACAAGUUGGUUUUUUACAUUUUUUUAUUAUUUCAUGUUAACUCAAGCAGGAGUGUACUUUAUUUUCAAGACGAUUCUUCUCUCUCUCCCCUGCUGUCUUUUAUUUCUCUCUGUUGCUACAGUGUGUGUGGGCUAUGUGCAGCAUAAUACAGUUGAGACUGCAAGUAGCCUAGUUUAGCACUUGCAGCAAUUUUGUCCAUGUUCUUAAUAAGCGAGGGCAGAAACUUUAGGCGGUGGAAAGUAAUAGUUAUUAUAGAUGGUGGCAAUUGUCAGUUUGUCACACAGCUAGUUAGAAAAUAUUAAGGUUCAAUUCAGAGGUCUAAUGUAAUCUCUGCCCACUCUUCUCCACG